CUUCUGCACGGAUCCUUCUCCUAGACCAGCACCGAGGUCUCACAAUGAGCUCGGUCAAGGUCGUUUCCCCUGAAAUUGCGGGCGCGUCCCUGCACGUCAGCCUGCCAUGGUACACCCACCUGUACACCAUCCCAUUCCUCUCCCUCUACCCCGUUCUCGCCUACGCGUACUACGUCAAGUACGACGACUGGCUACAAAGCGAGGAGUGGACGUUUCUCGCGUGCGUGUCGCUUGGGCUUGGCCACGCGCUCAGUUUCUUGUUCACGAAAUGGAAUACGGGAGCAAAGGCCUGGAUUACGACAAGAAAGGUGAGCAUUCUUCGUUGAACGAUCUCUGAAAUGCGUCUGGUAGAUGCGGGAUGUUGUGAUUCUGGUUGCCGGAUACCCCACCGUGUUGACGGGAAGCAGUCAGUCCGGCUCUGGGGGGAUCACGCGAGUCCAGGCAUGUUACUCUUCUAUGCACUCGACACGUCUGACAGUAUAGGGCCCUCCGGGCGGUCCUGGCCAGGGCGCGCUCUAUUUCAUCUCUGCUCAAGCGUUCAGCCAAGAGUGGAUGCCUCCGUGCAUGAGUCGGGCUUGCGCCCGCCCUCAACUGCCUGGAUGAUCACGCUCAUAAACUUCUGCGGGCUGAAGCCGUAGAACUCAAGCAGUAAUGAAGUUGACACUACUGCCUGUGGAUUCUUUCCCAAUGGGGUUUGUUGCGGUCGGGAGGGCUUCGCACGACGGGCGCCCCCUCGAACCGUUCUUUGUGAAAGGGCUGUAGAACUUCUGGGCAAGUACGACUAUCCCAUUGCCGACCUUUCAGCGCCCUUUGGCGCGCGUCGGCAAAGGGACAAGUUAGGACUGUCCUGAAAACAGACCUCCGUUUCACGCGAAGGGAUUCUGAGCGCUGCCCGUCGUGUCGCCCUCCCUUUGGUCCUCUCGACGCGGCUAGCACAAGCAAAAGGGUGCCAGUGGCCCCCUGAGAUCCACCUUCUACACUUGUAGAUUUGAAAGGCGAAACCACGCGAGCUGGCACCCUCC